CACCAAUCUACAAUCCAGACAAUAGGACAGAACAAUCAUCCAUACAUGUAUUCAUUCAAAAAACAACCCCCAUCUCCAAACAAGCAAGCAAACCAAAAGAAAUACUACCUCAACCGCAAGAUCCACCAACGUUUCAUGCCCUCCUUCCUCCCCACACUCAUCCCACCUCCCAUGAAUCUCACUCCUAUCGAUAACGCCCGCCCCCACUACACCGAAUCCCGCCUAGCGGGCAACCUCUCUCCACCCAACUUUUCUUCCCCGUCGUCCGCUCACACCGAACCGACCUCAAAUCGCAUCCAUAUCCCCCGACCACCCACCACCACUCCGAUCUUCGUCUCCCCAAGCUAUCCGAACCCUCCACAUCCAUAUCUCUCCAACGAAUCCCAAAAAAACCCCUCCUUGGUCACGCACAUCAAACAGAAAGCUCCAGCAAGGAAAAGAAAAAGAAAAAUGGCCCAAGGCGCCCCCAAAAAAGCCUCAAAACCACAUACUUCGUCGACGACGAAACAUAAAAAAGGCAACAACCCCAACCACCGCGCCCGCGUCAUCAAGCCUAAAAAAGCGAACCUCAUUACCCAGCAGUCGAUCAAGAAAAAGGCGACGUCUGGGUUGGCGGGGAAGACGGAGAGAAUGCUUGCUGAGAAGGCGGGGCAUUUGGAGAUGUUGGAGGGGGGGAAGAGGGAUAAGAGGAUUGGUGGGGGUGGGAUUAAGGAUAGGAAGAGUGCGAAUAGUGGGGGUGGUGCUUGA